AUUCUCUCUCCAUUUCGCAAUUAGACCUGCAGGCUCUAGUUAGACAUCGCUGGCUACCUUUCGACCACAUUUUGUCAAGACGAUACGUCGCUGGUCUUAUACUUGGUUGGCAUGCUAGCAGUCCAAGAAAGAAACAUAUAUACUUCUACCCAGGAAGGCUGAGCAGAAUCUCUUCAAUCACAACACUACCGCGAAAUGGAUGUUCAAUCUAUUGCGGACUUUGCACUAGCAAUUGGUAGGGUUGCUGCCAGUGUUUUCAAAACGCUUGACGCAUUCAUUCUCUCUGGAAAGGAGUUUCGUGAACUUCAGCAAGAAAUCGGGUCGCUAGAGCACGCUCUCGCAGAAAUUACGGCUAUCGAAAGAUCAUCGGACAACGUGGUAUAUGAUGAAAAUCCGAGACAAGAGAUGGGACGAUAUAAAACACUGCGGGAGUUGUCGCAAAGCACCCUUUUGGUGGACAUGAUGAGCGUCAUGCGCAAGCUAGAGGUUUGGCGAAGGGAUAUGAUGUAUUCCAAAAGUCCCGCAGCCCAAAGGCAAGAGGCACGAGAAUGGCAGGAGAAGCUUGGAGAGCUUAGAAUGAAGUUGACAGUUCUGCAAGCAAGCACUUACCUCAAAGACAACUCAGACGGCGCCAAUAGCACCCAGCCGCUUUGCUUUUCUGAAGGGGAUAUAUCAGAAUCACAACAGAGGCAGCUUCAAGGCUCCAGUGGCCAGGGCGUUAACGCUGGUGCUUUCAAGUGCACAUUCCCGGAUGGAUCUGUCUAUAAGGAAAUACAAGAGACCACACCCAAGUAUACACAUUUGUCUGAACGUCCCCAAGCUUCAGCACACAACUACGGUGAGAUCGCAGUCAGCCUCGCUUCUGCGGUCACCAGUGCAACUACUGCGAUCUGCAUGCAAAACUACAGCCAGCUGCACAAUCAAUGGAGGCAUGGCAACUUGCAUCAACACAUGCCCCCAUUAGUCUCCUUAAAAGAACCCUCUCCGGCCGUCUUCGUCGCAGCUACGAUUGCCCACGGACUCGCAACGUUCGUGUACUACAUAUCUCGCAAUACGGACAGAUAUCGCGAGUGGUUCCUAGGGACGGGCGCACUAGGUGCCAUGACAGUGGGCGUCAUGACAGGGUCAGGUACGCAGGGGGUUUUGGCACGGCACAACCGAACAGUUGGGGAGCAGCGGGAUGAAAAGAGUGGUGCGUUAGAGAAUGCCUGUUGA